AUGUAUUCCGCCAUCCUUCCCAAGGUGGCUGCGUUGAAGUCCCGCAUUCCGCUGCUGAAAGGGCUUCGUCUCAACUUUAUAUUGAUCCAUUACAUCUACAUCAUUGCCAUGUCAUUGAUCACUUCGAUUAUUAUCUAUCCAGGAAGUGAACUCGACUAUAUCGAUGCUCUUUUCUUCUGCGCCGGUGCCGCAACCCAGAGUGGUUUGAAUCCGGUCGAUGUCAACAAACUUAGAACAUACCAGCAGGUUAUCCUCUAUUCCUCUUCCAUGCUCACCACGCCGAUCUUUAUCCACUCCGUCCUCGUCUUCAUCCGGCUCUAUUGGUUCGAGAAGCGGUUUCAACAUAUUGUGCAGGAUGCUCGAGCGCUGCGCCAGACCAGAACCCGAAACCGCACGAUCAGUCAGGAUAAGGAUACUGGCUCACUGAGCAGAGAAGAAGCCGGUAUUGGUGGUCGGCCGAUUGUGGUUUUGCGCAACAACGUACAGGAUUUCGCGCACAGAGAUCAAGAGUCGGCUGUCCCGACUCCGCGAGACUCGUCCCCUGGGUCGCCGUCCCAAGCCGACAGUGCGUCUAGUCUGGAAAACCAGAACAACAGGCUGGGACUGGGGCUGGGGCUGGGCAGCUUGCGGGUACCAACGCAACUCGACCCGGAGCAUCACAUCGCCUUCCUGGAACAACAACGGAAGAAUAAAGGAGCGUUGCGCAUUCCGAGUCCUCGAGAGUAUGACCGCGGCGGUGUUCCGGAGGUCCUCGAGGAGGCUGAUGAGGGGAAUGAGGACAAACAGGCGCCCAGCAUUGACUCCGAUGAUAGCGCACGAAGCAUGGAGGAUUCCGAUCAGGUCGGGCCGCUGGACGGGCCGCAUAUUACCAUCAACGAGCCGGACAUGCAGCGAACGAAAACGAGAAAUUCCACCUUUCCCCAAUUGGACACUCGACCCACCUUUCGUGAAACCAAAGAUCUCGAGGAUACCUCGCCUCUGGGGCGUACGGGCACGAGACGCCCUACGUUCAGCAAUAUUGUACGCUCUCUGACGCAGGAACGAGAACGUACAACGCUUCCUUACCUGAGCUGGAACGCUACUGUCGCACGGAAUUCUAACUUUGUCGACCUGACUGAGGAGCAGCGUGAUGAGCUCGGAGGUAUCGAGUAUCGAGCCUUGAAAACCUUGGCGAUUGUCCUCAUUUCAUACUACCUAUUUUUCCACAUUUUUGGCAUAAUCUCCCUUGUUGGUUGGAUUAUGACCACCCACUGGGGUACAGUCGUGGAGGAAAUUGGUCAGGGUCGCCCCUGGUGGGGUAUCUUCACUGCAGGGUCGGCCUUCAAUGAUGUCGGCUUCACCCUUACUCCUGAUUCCAUGAGCUCAUUCCAGACGGCCGUGUUCCCCCUUCUGCUGAUGACAUUUCUGAUUAUCAUCGGCAACACCGGCUUUCCGUGUAUGCUACGCCUGAUCAUCUGGGCCCUGUCCAAAGUUGUCCGACGGGAAACCGCCAUCUGGGAGGAGCUCAAAUUCCUCCUGGACCACCCGCGCCGAUGCUUUACCCUACUCUUUCCUCGAAACGCAACGUGGUGGCUUUUUGCAAUUCUCAUCGCUCUGAACGGUAUCGAUCUGAUCUUCUUCAUCAUUCUGGACUUGAACGACCCGACUGUCACCGCCUUGUCCCCUGGAAUUCGUGUGCUCGAUGGUCUUUUCCAGGCCGCAUCCACGCGAACUGCAGGGUUCGGUGUCGUGAAUGUGGCAAACCUUCACCCUGCGAUUCAGGUCUCUUACAUGAUUAUGAUGUAUAUUUCUGUUUUCCCGAUUGCCAUCUCCAUGCGACGAACCAACGUGUAUGAAGAGAGAAGUCUGGGCAUCUAUGCGGGAGGUGAUGAAGAUGACUCCUCCGACACCCAUUCUCCACCAAGUUAUAUCGGGUUCCAUUUGCGAAGGCAGCUGAGUUUUGAUCUGUGGUAUGUUUUCUUGGGACUGUUCAUCAUCGCCAUUGUCGAGGGCCCGCGCCUUCAGGCCGUGAACGAGUACGCUUUCCAAAUGUGGGCGGUUCUUUUCGAGAUCGUCUCGGCCUACGGCACCGUUGGGCUAUCACUUGGCUAUCCCGGUGUCAAUACGUCCUUCUCCGGUCAGUUCAAAGUAAUAUCCAAGCUGGUCAUUAUUGCCAUGCAGGUCCGCGGUCGCCAUCGUGGUCUCCCGUAUGCGCUGGAUCGUGCGAUUUUGCUUCCGUCUGAGUCCCUCCAAGACAAAGAAAUCGCCGACGCGGAGAAACGGAUGCGUCGUCGCAGCUCCAACCUCAGUACCAUGUCUGACAUGAACCGGACGUUCUCGCAAUCUCGGGCCGAGAACGGUGUGAGCACCGGCUUAGAGAAUAAGGACAAGGACAAGGACAAGGGCCGGAAUAGUCAUUCAUGGAUGAACGGUGACAAUAUCAUCCGUCGCCACUCCACACUGCGUUCCUCGAGGUCCCAACGAUAG